CUUCUUCAUCAAGCAAGAGUAUAACCUGUCAUACUAUUUGAUCGGCUGAGUUCUGCUAGUCUUCCAGCUUUCUGGCAUUGCUGAAACAAUCAUUCUAUACAAAGCCCCUCUUAUCUUAGUAAACGAGUUCAGACACACAGUUCAUUUAAAAAAUCAGUUAAUCGAUCAUUAUGAUUCAAAUUGUAUCAGGUGGCAUGUUCUGUUCGAAGAAUCUUUGGCUUCUUGCUGCUAUCGUGUUGACGAUAUCACUGAUUAUGCAGUCAGCUCAGUGUGAAGAGGAUCAGGCUAACGCACCAAUAGCCGUCAAAGGUGAAGUCGGAGAAGCUACAACCCGGAUCACAAAUCAUGCAUCCCCCUCAGCAGCUGGCAUCGUCCGCAGGUCACCCUUGCCGCGGAAGAAAAAGAAAACACAGGCGGCGGCGGCAUCUCAAUUGAAGACAGCCCAGAAGAAUAAAGGACAAAAAUUGGCAGUGGCUCAGACAAACAAUGCUGGUACUGGUACCGGUGUGAAUACUGGUGGUGGUGUUGGGAAUUGUAAAGCUCCAAAGACUUUCUUCAAUCCUAAAACAAAGCGAUGUGAAUGCCCCAAUGGUAAAAAGGAGUCAAGAAACCAACAGGGCCAGAUUAUCUGUAAAUGAAGAUUGUUGGAAUACUGUUCUCUUCUUAUUGAUCUUGAGAAUACAUGUUUAUCUCCUUCAGAGAACCCCGUGUUGUAUUAGCAUUAAAACCAGCUAUGCUGCUCCAAAAUAAAGACAAUCAGCUUUUUCGUGUAUAU